CUAUUAUUGAACUGCUUAGCAUUAAUGUUCAAUAAUUAUUAUGGUUAUUUUAUUAUUGGAACCGCUUAGCAUUAAUGUUCAAUAAUUAUUAUGGUUGUUAUUCUAUUAUUGAACUGCUUAACAUAAAUUAAAGAAAUUGAUGAAUAUUAUUUGUAAUUCAUCUCCUUAAGUUUUAUCUGACUUGUAGCUGCCAAAGUGGCCUUGGAUGAUAAACUUUUGUGAUAUGAAUUAUAAUAAAGGUCUUAUCAUUUAUAGGACAUUUUGGAUUGUAUUUUAUAUUUUUGUAUUGGUCCUGUAGCCACCAAAGUGACCUGGACUGAUAAUUUAUAAAAUACAUUAUGUAUUUAGUCCUAAAUGAUAUUAAAUAAAAUAAUAUUCAUAAUGACAGCAUGAAUCAGGUUAAAGAAAUUUAGUGAAUAUUAUUUGUAAUUUAUCUUUCUAAGUUUUAUCUGACCGGAAGUUACCAAAGUAGCCUGGAUGAUAGGCUUAUGGGAUAUGAAUUACAAUAAAGUUCAUGUCAUUCAUGGGAUAUUUUAGAUUGUAUUUUAUAUUUUUGUAUUGGUCCUGUAGCCACCAAAGUGACCUGGACUAAUAAUCUAUAAAAUACAUUAUGGAAUUCAUCCUAAAUGACAUUAAAUAAAAUAAUAUUCACAAUGGCACAUAUAAUUAUGAGAUUUAGAUAAUCCCAAAGGAGAAUCUAUUUCAAAUAAUUAUGUGAUGGGGAAGGAUGAUACUAUUUUGGAUAUUCUUGCAGUUUAGGGUUGUAUACCCAAAGGUAACAACACUAUUCCACAAGAAUGGUAUCAGUCAUCCAUAAGUGAUUUUGAGUGAACACUAGAUAUGUCAAUAUUUUACCCAAAGGUGAAAUAUAGAUGAUAUCAAUAGUUCAUCACAUUUUGGAAACUCAAAGCAUUAAUGUUAUAUUAUUACUGUGGCACUUCCUUUAUUGUGUUUCUGUAAAUGUCCCUAUACUUUCUGAAAUAAAUGGUUUGAGCAUAUACAAGUUGUAUUGAGUGAGUGAGAUCUUGAUCAGAUUAAUUGAACAGAACAUAAUUACUGAAAGUUCUGUGAAAUAAAUAAUUGAGGUGACUGAUCAAGAAAGGCAUGAAAUACUCAAUAUUAUGAUAUUUAGACUUCAGUACAGUCUACAACUAGCGCAUGAGAAUAUCUAAGGAUAAAUUUAAAUUAUCUGAUAAGUCAUUAGUUGACACCUUACUUAGUUGACACCUUAAUAGUAUUUGAGGAAUUUAAGAUUAUAUCCUCAAAAUAAAUGAUAAAGCUGUAAGCUCAAGACUCAUAACAUUUUGAGUACUACUCAAGGAGUAGGUAACACUAAAAUAAGUAUGAAGCGUAAUUCCAUCUGAGUUGAUAAUUAUUAUAUAAACUCAUAAAAGAAUAUCUUCACAAUAAAGUGUUACUUUUGUAGCAAAUAAAAUUAUGUGAAGAAGAAAUAUAUUAUAAGAUUUGAUUUGAAAUAAAAAAAAAGGUAUAAUUAUAACCUUUGUAUGGUUCAAAUCAAAUAUUAUGGAUAUUAUUGGUGGAUUAAUUUGAUGCUUCAUAUCAUAUGUUAUCAAUAAUAGAUAUUGGGAUAAAACCAAAAGAGAAUAAGAUAUUUAUCAAUGUAGGGAAUCAUUUUAAAGUGAAAGCGAUAUUAGUUUGUAUUUAUCGCUUAUAUGAUUCAAUUUGAUAAAUCUUGAGAAUCCAUGUUAUGUUCUUAUAAUUCUAGGAAUUUAAGUUCUUUACCUAGAAUUGUUAUAAUAUUAUUUUCCUUUUGAUGGUCGUAAACUUACUGUGAUUCAAUAAAAUUAAUUUUUGAAUUCUGUAUAAUAGUCUAUGCAGAAUUAUUAUGAAUCAUAAGUUUACAAUGAUCAUAUAAUUAAUAUUAAAGUGAAAUUUAGUUUUAUAAACUCCUUGAGGUUAUGUUUAUCAGUAUAUAUUUUUGUCUCAUUAAAGAGAGACAUCUUAUUACCAUAUAAAUAAUGUGUUGAGAUAUGAUUAUGUAUAUCUAAUUCAUGUAAAGUCUAUGACCGUUUACACUCUUGAAGUGUAUAUAAAUGAAGUCGAUAGACAAUUAGAUAGAAAAGUCAAUAUCAUCAUAUCUGAAAAGGGUGAUAAAUUUUAUGGUAUUUAUGAUGAACCCAAUUAUAAUUCUUUUGCUAGAUUUUUUAAAAAAAUAAGGUAUAUGAUUUACCAGAUAUGUUACAGCCUAAUAUGAUUGUUGAAAGAUGUCAUCGUACCUUAUAGAUAUGGUUAGGAGCAAUGAUAAGUUAUUCUUUUGUACCCAAAUCAAUGUGAGAUGAAGCUUCAAGGACAACUAUGUAUAUCUUGAAUGGUGUUCCUAGUAAGUAAAUUACAUGACCUUUUAAGUUAUGAAAUGAUAGGAAACAUGACUUAAGAUAUUUACAUAUUUGAGAUUGUCCUAUGGAGAUAAGGAUGUUCAACUCACAUAAAAGAAAAUUAGAUUUAAUAAUUAUUUCUGAAUAUUUUAUUAUCUAUUCAGAAAAGUUUAAAGGGGUACAUUAUUUAUUGCUCUAAUCAUAGUAUGAGGACAAUUAAAUCUGGUAAAGUAAGAUUCCUAUAAAAUAGCAAAUCAGUGGGAGUGAAAAUCUCGAAAUUUAAUUUUGAUAUAGAGGAGAUAUAAGUUAAUACUCCUUUAUUAUUCGAGAGAUUGUUGUUACUCAAAUCAUUAAAUGAUUUGAUAAAAGUGAACAACAAAAUAACAUUACUAAACUCCCAUAUUAUAUUGAUAUCAUUAUUAAUGGUCUUGUAGAACAAUCAUAAUUGAUAACUUUGAGAAUAUCUCAAAGGGCUUGAAAUCAUGUCAUUUAUGGUUAUUAUGUUGUAUAUCUACAAGAAUUAUAUUAUGAUAUAGGAAUCAGAAUGGAUCCCUUAUUGUUGUCAUGGGUCAUGAAAAGUAAUGAUUCUGAAAAGUAAUAUGAUGCAAUAAAAGAAGAGUUAAAAUUAAUAAUCAGAAUGGUGUCUGAUAAAUUUAUCGAAUUGUUCAAUAAUUGUAAAAGAGUCUAUUAAAUAAAUGUGGCUCAAAGGACAAUGUCGAUAUAAUGGUCAGACUUGUGGUUAAAAGUUUUACUCGUAAGGAAUGUAUCGACCAUAACGAGAUUUUUAAUGAACUCGUUAAGAAUCAUCAUGACAUUAAUGAUUCAUUAUGAGCUUAAGUUAUAUUAUAAUGAUAUGAAAACAUUUUUAAAAGAUCUAGCUUUAUAUGGGUUACUCUACAUGAUUUACUCUAAAAGAAAAUGAAAGAAAUAUAAAGUUUGGUAUGCAAAUUCAGGAAUCCAUUUAUGACCUUAAACAAGCUUCAAGGUAAUGAUAUAUAAAGGUUCUUGAUAUCAUUAUUUCAGAUUUAAGGUUAAUACUAUUAAUUAGUAUUUAUAUCAGUGGGAGCAAGUUUAUUAUAUUGGUCUUAUAUAUGGAUAAUAUUUUGUCUUACCAAUAGUGAUCUUGAUUUAUUAUACUAAAUCAAGAAUUUGUCACUGAGAGUUUUAAUAUGGUUGAUAUGAAUGAGACAUCUUAUAUUAUUAACAUUGAGUAAUUCAAUGAUAGACCUCAAUGAUUAUGAAGAUUGUCUUAGAAAGGAUAUAUCAACCGAGUCUUGAAAUGAUUUUAAUAUACAGUUUUGUUCAGUAAAUCAUAAAAGCAAAAUUUUAGUCAAUAGUAAAUGCUUGAAAAUGACUUGAAAAGAAUCAGAUAAAUAAGAUAUUCUUUGUAUAUGCGCAGUUGGAAGUCUAUGCUCAAGUCUCUGUUAGAAAAGAUAUCAGUUUUUACAGUUAAAAUAUUGGGUAUAUAUUGGAGUUACCCAGAAGUAAAAACAUUAAAGGACUACAGAGAAAGUAAUAAGAUAUCCGGAAGGGACAAAUGAUUAUAUGCUCACAUGUAUGAAAUUAUAUCAGCUUGAAAUAAUGGUAUUUUUCAGAUGCUGAUUGUAUAAAUUGCCUCGAUAAUAGGAAGUCCACCUUACGGUUAAUAUUUAUGUAAUUAGAGAGGCAAUUUAUUAUUAUUAAUAAUAAAAUUGAUUUUGUGGCAUGCUUUGAGGCCACUAAUCAAAUUUGUGACUGUAAAAUUUUUAUCUCAGGGCUUGGUGUAGUCAGACUCGAUUACCAAGUCGUUGAAGAUAUUUUAUGACAUUGCAGUAGUUUUCUUCUCUAAGAAUGACAAGUACUAUUGCAUCUAUAUGCAUUAUGGUAUAAAGUACUUAUGGUUAGAGAAGAUGAGUCCAGAAACAUCUAAUGUCAAUUAAUUACUUGAGUUCCACUGUAUUGAUUGCUGAUCCAUUCACUUACGACUUGUAGUCUAAAGUAUUUUGAAAGAACAUGUUCUUAUGAUUGGGUUUGUGAGCAACCCAUAAAGGAUAUGGUGAUGUAUGUUUGAGUGGACACUAUAAUUGACAUUUUUACUUACGUACUUAAAGUUAUUUGUUUCUGCUAUCCUGUUCAUAAUUAUGUAUGUACAUAUUGUGGUUGAAUGUGAUGACAGGAUUGUCUUGACAAGACAAAUUAUAGGGGUCAUUUUGGACUGCAUUAGGAAAGGCUAACAACAUUGUGGUACAUAGAAGGAAGUGUGACACUGAUGGCAUACAACCGCUAUGACUCAUAUUGUUAGUCAGACUUAAUGUAGUAUUAUUAUUAUUAUUGGACUUAUUGGCCUAUUUUCUAAAAUUCACGCGCGUGUAUAUAGUUUUUCAAAAAAAAAAAAAAAUUCAGAAUCCAAUUGAGUCAAAUUGUUUUUAAAUAAAUUUUGUUUAUUUAUUUUUGAUUUUUAAGUCUUUUUGUAUCUUACCAAUUAUUGGGCCAAGUGGGAGAAUGUUAGAUUAUGUGGCCCUAUUUAAUUAGGUAAGAUAUAUUAUAGAUAUUAUUGGAUUCUGAUUAUGGUUAUUGACCAAUAGAAAAGAAGUCCAUAUUAAAGUAGGAUUCCUUAGGAGAUACCCUUGAUGGGAGGAACUCUCCUAAUAACUUAUCCUAGACCCUCUGCUCUCGCCUAUAAAUAGACAGGACCUCUAGGGGCUAAUGAGAUCAUCAGAUAUAUCUGUGCGUAUCUGAUAAACAGGACCUCUCUAGGGGUCAUGUGUCAAUUGAGAGAUUAAGGUUUUUCUCUCAAUCUCCCUUUCCCUUAAUCCCCUAAUCCAUCAAUCUAGGUGGUCCUGUGAAAAGAUAGGAAGAGAGGAGAAGGAUCUAGUUCUCUUUGCAGAUCUUUACAGAUUGAUAUUUCAGAUCCGACGAUGGAGCGCUUGUAGAUCAGAUAAGGUUUAUUUCUUCUGAACAACAAGAAAGGUAUGCAUCGUAAUAUUGUUAGAUCAAAUUUAUUUGAUUUCAAUCAAAGUAUAAAAGUUUUCCGCAUUAUAGAUAGCAUGAUUAUAGAUUUUAUGCUAACACUCCGCACCCACCACCCUCUUUCACGCCCACUUUCCACCCGCCUCCGCCGUCGGAAGGUACCACGGAGAUCGUGUUCUUCGGCGUCUCCGAACGUGCGACCCGAUAUACGCGUCUGACCUCCCAGACGACGCCCGGUUCGACUUCGGCCUUGCGGUCGGCGUCGCUGGGGAGAUCCUUCCAGAGACCCUCGCCCGCAUGAUCGACCUCUGCCGUGUCGUCCUCGUCGACGCCCAGGGGAUGAUCCGGUCCUUCGACCCGAUCGAUGGCACCGUCGGGCUCCUGCCGCUCAGGAGCUCCGGAUUCUUCCACCUUCUCCCGCGAAUUGGGUUCCUCAAAGCCUCCGCGGAGGAGGCGCCCUUCGUGGACGUCGAGGAGGCGCGGAAGUGGUGCUGCGUCAUCGUGACCCAUGGGAAGGACGGGUGCCGAGUCUACUGGAAGGACGGGGAGCUUCGCGUAUCCCCGUUCCUAGCAGAGGAGAUCGAUCCCACUGGCGCAGGUGAUGGUUUCUUGGGUGGGUUUGUCGCUGGGUUGAUUUGGGGGCUGGCGGUGCCGGAUGCGGCGCUCCUAGGGAACCUUUUUGGUUCGCUCACUGUUACGCAGAUUGGGGUUCCCAAAUUUGACCAGAGGAUGUUGCAGCAUGUCAAAGAAGAAUUAAAGAGAAGGGCAAAUGAGUGUGAUGGAUCAUGUAGAAGUAGUAUUUCAUUGGAUUUCCAGAAGUCAGCUAUGCAUGAAGCCUUCCGAGAAUCCCUUACUGAAGUGGCCAAAUUAACAUGCACCAGCAACCCAACUUGCUUGCCUACUGAUCAUUACAAAUAAUGUCAGUAAAUGUUUAAUCUUCAACUUCUAGAGGCUGUCGAUCAAACAGUAUGUUAACUUAUUAAUAAUUUGAAGCAGAUCUAAAGGAAAGUGAUGCACAUACUUUAGAGACCUGGAGAUGUCUUGAAACUGAAACGGAAAAACCAUAGUUCAAGAUGCCCUAAUUGUCACUGCGUAAGCAAUUUCAUUGCUUGGCUAUUCACUGAUUGCAGGAGAAGUAAUACUUAUCUUGAUUUUGUUCCUCCCAUCAAUUUCUUCCUCUUUUUUUUUCUUCUUUUGUCAAGAAUUUUGUUGUCAUUUCUAUGGCAUCGGUUAUCUACUCCCCAUUUGGCUCCAGGUAUAUAGCUCCGUGAAGCUACAAAACUCAUUAGGCAUCAGUUGUAUUCCUUAUGAUCUGGCCUUUUGUCAUUGCUUUCUAAACUAUACCUUCCGAGAGGCUUUAGUACACAAUACAAGAGACUUCCAAGUUUUAGAUUUGAUACUAUCCAGGCAUAGUUUUCAUUAAUGUCUUAAGUUGGUGUCCCCAAUUUUUUUCGGUGUGAUAUGGUCUUCCAUCAUCUGAACUUAAAAAUUUGUGCUUUUGGUUCAAGACAUUCUUUAUGCAAACAUCAUGGCAGGAGGACAAUUAGUACACUUGGUUUAACUUGGACCAGGCUAUUACUUCUCCAAAGCCUCGUGGAACAUGCAUCUGGAAAAUUCACAGAUCGAGAACUGGGCAUGGAGAAUGACGGUACUUGUGAUCCUUUUCUUUUGAAGUUGGUGGGGAGUGGUUUCUUCCCAUGACUCGUCAAAGUUAACAUCUUUGUGCAGAUUCAACUGUUUUCCAAAUUUUCAGAUAUAUCCACCAAAUUUAAAUGCUUGUUAUUUGAUUUGCUCCGUAGAUCGAGUCAAUUUGACUCGUUUGAUAAUACUUUGGUAUGACAUAUGGCAAUUUCAAAUUACUGUACUCCUGAGGACUGGUUCUGCUUGUGAAGAAAGAAAACCAAUUGCUCUUUCUUUUCCUUCAACUACUCAUGAAUUGCCUUGACGAUGAAUUGCCUUUUCAAGUAAAAUGUUUGUGUGGAUGACAAUUGUAGAUUUAGAAAAGUUUUCUCCUUCAAGUGAGAUUCUUCCUUCUGUUCAUUUGACUUUUGCGAAGUCAAAGUCAAAGUUCUUGAGCAGAGGCGUAAUUCCAUGGGAGGGAGGGAGGAAGCAGAGAGAGUAACAGAUGGGUCCACAAACACAAGAUAACCGUUGACUUGUGGAGUUUCCAGCGGAUAACCGGUGGUUGUGUGCUUCUCCACGACUCUUCACAUCUUGUUUACUGCUGCGUCUGCGUCAUGUUGUUUUCCUUUGACCACAAGAAAUCUAGCUUGGAGUUUUUUAGCCUACUUUUUCGCGAGACGAUGCCGCGGUGUUGCCAGUGUUCCCCUUCUUCACCAAACUCGAUGAGUGGCAGCGGCGUCAACGGCUCGAGCUUCCUCCCGCCCGAUGACAACUCCACCGGGCGGCCGGCUGGGUUGGCCUACGGCCUCCCCGCCUCGGUGGGGAUCCUGAUGGUGAUCACCGCCGCCCUUUUUGCGUCCUAUCUGUGCACCCGAGCAAGAACCAUGGCCGCGAACCGGCGGUCCGGCGACGUUGCGGCGACGCCCACUGACCUCGAGGCCGGCAUCGACGAGGCGACCCUGACGAGCUACCCGAAGGUCACGUACUCGCAGGCUAAGCUGGAGGAGAAGGGCACCACCACCGCGGCGUGCUGCUCCAUAUGCCUGAGCGACUACGAGGACGCUGACGUGCUGCGACUGCUGCCGGACUGCGGGCACCUCUUCCACCUCGACUGCGUCGACCCGUGGCUGAGGGCCCACCGGUCGUGCCCCAACUGCCGCUCGUCGCCGGCCCCCAGCUCCAUGCCCACGCCUCUCUCGGAGGUGGUGCCAUUGGCACGGGCGAGACAGUCGCAGUGAACGUGAUCGUACAUGACACGCCUCAAAUGUGUCGUCCGGUGUCUUCGGUGAAUCAAAUGAUCGGUAUCUGCUGGAGAAAGAAUUCCUUCUUGCAUCAUUCAGCCAACCGGAUCAUUACUCGAUCCAUACUUGCAUAGUCUUUGAAGAACACCAGUUCAAAUUUAGGAGGUUCUCCAAAGCUUUUUGGCUGAUACUUCUUGCAUGCAUACCAGCUCAAAAACCUGCUGUAUUGAUUUUUUCUUCGCAAAUAAAUACGAAAAAAAAUAUAAUUUUGUUAAUAUUUUUAAAUAGUCAAAGGAAUAUAUGUAGUUACUCAGCAUCUAUCUUUUAUUCUUAUAUUUAUUUUUAUGAGCAAGUUUUUGAAGAAACCCUUACUUUUUAAAAUUUUUAA